GUCAACAUCAGAUUCACUCAAUUACCUUCCCUCCUUUAACAUGAGCGCGCCAGUUCUGUUUGGUCAAAUUGCCCUCGUAACAGGCGCAACUGGCGGCAUCGGAAAAGCUAUAUGUCGAGCUCUUGCAUCUCACGGGUCCUCGAUUGUGAUCCAUUACUAUUCCGAUGAAGAAGAAGCUAGGAGCUUGGCAAGAGAGUUGGAGGCUGAAUACCAAGGAAAGCUUGGGAUCAAUGUGUUAUGCGCGAGAGCAGAUAUGGGCGACUAUAACGAAGUACGAAAACUACACGCUUACUUGGUUGAGAAUCUGGGCUAUCCGACAAUCCCAAUCAAUAAUGCUAGAACAAACGGAGGCUAUUCGGGCAUAGUGUCUAUCGACCAAGUCCAUAUGGAAGACUUCGAACGCACGUGGCGUAUCAACUGCGGCUCAGCUUAUCUUCUCACUCAGCUUUGUAUGCCAGCUAUGGAGAGCGAGGGGUGGGGACGAAUCAUCUUUAUCAGUAGUGUAGCGGGAUUCACUGGAGGCGUCGUAGGUCCGCAUUAUGCAUCUUCGAAAUCAGCACUCCACGGCCUGGUACACUGGCUCGCGCAAGCCUAUGCAAAGAAGGGGAUUACAGUGAAUGGAGUCGCGCCAGCACUGAUUGAGAGGACUAAGAUGUUGCCAGGGAGUACCAAAGUUCUUGCGAGCAAAAUACCUCUUGGCAGAUUGGGCGCACCCGAGGAAGUCGCCGAGACUGUGAUCUGGAUGGUUAAGACACCCUACGUGACGAACAAAGUCAUUGGAGUGGAUGGUGGCAUGUUUCCACAAUAA